AUGCUUGUCAGAAACUCUGUUGUGUUCCAAAAUUGGAAUCAUGAAGAGUCCAAGCAAAAUGGGGAUCAAGAACCUUUUCCAUUAUCCAGUCAGUUUAUCACCGGCAAUGAAUUCAGCCCUUUAUCACUUAGGACAUUCACCGAUCCUCAUCCCUUAAUUGUGGGAAAAUCAAAGAAACAUGUAUUUGAAGGUGACUUCAUGUGUUCUGAAUUGGAAUUUGAAGACACGUUUGAAAUUAGUAAGCAAUCUUACCUCGAUUCUGAUUUCGAAUACUUUAUGACCAAGUUUAAACAAAUUAAACAGUAUGCAAAACUAUUGGAAAAGGCAAAAGCUAAAUUCAAGCCAGUGAUACCGGAGCACAAGCAAUGGUUCAGAUUUGGGGGAUCUAGUGUUUGGUUAUCUCAGUUCAAAGUUCAUUACAUGGUGAGUCGAGUAUUGUAUUCUCCACUGGGUAUUGCUAACAAGGCAUACGUCUCAUUCUUAUAUGUCCAAUUAUUUGAUCAAGAUUGGAAUGAAUUACCAAAGGGAACCAAUUUAACUAUACCGUUUGAACACCCCAAUCCCACCAAUUGGAUAAAUCUAGAUGGGUCUGUAACCACAAUGCAAGGUGAUCUGCAGUUGCGGUAUAGAAAAACAGAGUUUCCCCAAAUUUUGCCCAUUCCCAUAGAUUAUUCCAUGCAGACUGAAAAUGAAAAGUAUUAUUAUGGCCCCGAAGAUCCACGGAUUAUAUUAAGGGAGAAUACAUUGGGAUUUGAAGAACCAUUGAUUGUUUUCAAUAUGAAAGAGUUGAACUUGAUUAAGCGUAUCAUGUUUUUGUACUUGCCCUUUUCAAACAAGUUGAGCCUUUUGAAAAAGAGAGCCGCUAAAUAUGCCAAAAUAGAAAAGAACUGGACUCCUUUCAUGAGUCCUAAUCAAAAGUUGCAGAAUAAACUCAAUUUCAUUUAUUCAAUUGUACCUUUGGAAGUCUUGGUUUGUGAAAUUGACACAGCUGUAUGUGACUUUCUUCAAAAACCGAAAAAGAAGAAUUUAAACUAUGUCGGAGAAUUAAGAGGAGGAACUCAAUUAGUCCCAUUACCUUUAAACAAAUUCCCACCAGCUGUUCGCGAACUGCUUAAUAUUCCUGUCAAUCGAAAUGUGUUUUUGGGUUGGGCUAGAGCCCACCUUAACAAAUGUGGUUGUGGUGAAUCGAUGUAUAGGCCAAACAUGUUACUACUAAUUGAGGAUUAUAAUGAAGAAACGGACAAGUAUUUUUACAAGUUGGGUGAUGUCUCGGGAUAUUUGGAUUUUGGAGCUUUUGUUCCACCGUGGGUCUCGCCAAAAAUCAAUCCUCAACUGGGCCAAUUAAUUGAGAUCAAACCAAAACCAUGCGAAGGAAGAAAUGUACUUAUCCCCAACUCUAUCGCAUAUUGGGAGAUUGAAAGUAUAGAUCGAGAUGGCAAGCGACGCAAAACCUUUGAUCAUUUGACAUCACUCGACUCGGUGACAAUAAAUGAUUACAUGGGUGUUACUUUAUCAGCAGCCGAUCAAGAUGUUUCUAUUGUUCAUUUACGCGGGUUGUUGAAUUACGUGAUUAAACUACCCAGCUUGUUUGAUGAGUCAACGGUGGUGCAUAACCGCGAGAAGUUUAACAUUCGUGGAUCUGAUUGGAAUUAUAAAUGUGCAAUGAGAGCAAGCAAGGAGUAUUGUAAAAACAUUGCACACGAAAAUGGUAUUUUGGAAGAAGAGAAAGAGGACCCGAUAUCUGGCUAG